AUUACUGUAUUCGCUAACUGCCUUUAAACACCACAGCCGUCAGUCGUGUGUGCCAGGAUAAAAGCUCUCUGUUACGUUCUACUACUACAUUACCCAUGACGCCUCAGACCGUGGCCCCAGUGCUGGAUGACAGCUAUCCGGCGCCUAAACACCGAUAGACGCUCAGACGAAAGAGCCAUGGCGGCCACGGGUGGAGGGAAAAUUAGAAGCAGGAGAUAUCACAUUGCCUCUAAACCGUACGCCAAGAGCAAACAGCAACAAUCCGGCAUCAUCAGUCGAGUGGCGGACACAGUAAAGAGCAUUGUUCCUUCCUGGCUGCAAAAAUACUUUAAAAAUGAAGAUGCUACUGAAGAAGGAGCGGCUGCACUGCACACACAGUUGCCUCCUCCUCCCCCUCCUCCUCCGCUUAAUGGCAGUGAGGAGGGACCAUCCAUUCUUGAUGGACGCGAUUCCCCUGAACCUAGCACCAGUAACACAGAGCCUUCAACUAGUCGAGCAGCCCUAAACUUUCAAGACUACGUGCUUUCAAGACCCCCGCUCAGUCACUCCCACCUCCAUUUCUCCCCCCUGGACACCUCCUCACCCACAUUAGGGGCUCCCAGCAGCCUCUUCUCCCAGCCCUCCACCUCCUCAGCCCCUGGGCCCUUUUCUACUGGCUUUUCUCUGGUAAAAGAAAUCAAGGACAACCUCUCGCAGCACGAGGAUGAUAACAUUUCUACCACCAGUGGGUUCUCCUCCCGAGCCUCUGACAAAGAGAUUCCUGCUUCUAAGACGGCAUCGCUUCCCCAGCUUUGGUCCCCUGAAACGGAUAGAACAAACUGUGGUCCCCAGCCUUCACAGUCCAGUCUUAAAAGGCCUGCCUUCAACUUGUCUGUUUUCGGGUCUUCUAAUUCCACCUUAAACAGCACACUGUUCAACUCUAGUCACUUUGGAGAUUCACCUUUUUACCCAGGGAAGACUAUGUAUGGUGGGGCAGCUGCUGUCAAGAGUUCUCGUGUACGCCCUGGAACGCCAAACCAGGCACCAGUAAGGAGAAAGAUCAAGGCCAAGCCUGCUGGAGCUCAGCCCUGUGGGGUGACCAGUGCCACAGCCAGACGCAUCCUGCAGUCUCUGGAGCGCAUGUCAAGCCCCCUGGCUGAUGCCAAAAGGAUUCCAGUAACAGCUGCAUCACCUCUUUCACCAUCAUUGGAUGGCACAAAUCUAGGUGGAUCCCAUUUGCAGUCAAAAAGAAAAGCGAUGGAUUCGACCCUCCCACCGGUACAGAAAUUGGUGGUUCCUGCUGCAGCAUCGCUGUCAGGAAACCGAUCUGUAUCCUUUAGACCUACUUUAACUCUUGAAGGAUUGAACCGAUACCUGGACAGAAGCCUGCCUGCAAGACAAUCAACUCAACUACCUAAAACAACCCAGGAGCUAUCACAAAGCACAAUGGGUACCAGUGUCCCAGUCCACCCCCUGUCCAGCACACCUGCUGUCAGCAGUCUCAGCUCUGGAGGUGGCAAGAUGAAGAGAGAAAGGACCAGUGCACGGCCCUCCAGCAGACGACAUGAAGAGAAUGAGGUCAUAGAAGUUCCUGACCUACCAGCAAUUUCACUACCCAUCAGCACCUCCACGUUGCCCACGUUCAGCUUCUCCUCCCCUCUUCCAACUCCUACCACAUCCACGGUCGCCAAAGUCACCACUGUCGUUACUCCUGUAAAGGAGUUGUUUGCAAACAAGGAGCAUCCAACAUCCUCGACACCAGCCUCCGUACCUUUCACAUUUUCCUCCCCCAUUGUCAAAGCAGCUUCUGCUAGUCCACCUAGUUUUUCCCCCUCUGCUGGAUUUACCUUCAGUGCACCUGUAGCAAAGUUGGGUCCAUCAAUGUCAAACGGGAAACCAGUCACUCCCAUCGCAGCAGCAAAGAAAAGCACAGAAGACUUUGAUGGACCAUUCAAACCAGCCAAAGCCCUGAAGCAAGGCAGUGUAUUGGAUAUCCUCAAACCACCAGGCUUCGCCUCACCUGUCUUCAAGUCUCCUUCAGGCCCGGACAGUUUUCCCAAGCAGACAUCUACACAAAUAUCUGCUCCCACCUCCACCCUCUCUUCUUCAACACAGUUUGGUGAUGUGGUUAAACCUCCUCUGGGCUGGUCUUGUGAUAUGUGCUGGGUACAGAACAAGUCGUCAGACACAAAGUGUGUUGCUUGUUCAGCACCACAGCCCUACUCCUCCUCAUCAAAUUCUUUGGACAGUAAACCCUUACUCGAGACCGCUGUCAGGUCAGAAAGUGGCAGCAGCAGCAUCACCACUAACACUACGACAACAAAAGGUUUUGGCACAAUGUUUUCCAAACCUGCCGACACCUGGGAAUGUGACACGUGUCUUGUGAAUAACAAUAAAUAUGCUGUGAAGUGUGUGGCCUGCGAAACUGCCAAACUCGGGACGGGACUCAAACCCUCAUUGACUCUUUCUUCUGCCUUCUCAACUGUCAAGUCUGCACCAACGUCUACGGCCCCUGCAUCUACAGGCUUCAUUGGAUUUGGAGACAAGUUCAAAAAGCCUGAGGGUGCAUGGGAGUGUGACACGUGUAUGAUAGAGAACAAGGCAGAGGACACAAAGUGUAUAGCUUGCAUGAGCUUAAAACCAGGAGCUACUACAGCCAGCACUGCUCCAUUGCUUGGACUAGCAGAAAAAUUCAAGAAGCCAGAAGAUUCAUGGGAGUGUGAUGUUUGUCUUGUACAAAACAAGGCUGCUGACACACAGUGUGUGGCUUGUACGUCUCCUAAACCUGGAGCCACUGUAGAGCCCAAAGGUUUUGGUUCCUCUACAUUUGGCUCUUCAACUUCUGGUUCUGGUGGUUUUAAGUUCGGAACAUCUGAUAGCAACUCUGUGUUUAGUUCUGCUGGUUUUAAGUUUGGUACAUCUGACGGAAGUGUUAAGUUUGGAACCUCAUCUUCAGAAACAUCCUCUUCAUCAUCAGGUGGAUUUAAGUUUGGAAUCUCGACAGAAACCACUUCUAAAGACACUUCUGCCCCUCCAGGGUUCAAAUUUGGAAGCUCAUCUGAAGGCUUUAAAUUUGGGGUUGCCUCUAGUGAUGAUAAAAAGUCAGAACAGCCUGCCACUGGUUCUGGUUUUAAGUUUGGUUCCACCAGUGGGGUGGCAUUUGGAACUGGAUUGAGCAGCACAGAAAACGACACCGCGAAGGCUGGUUUCACAUUUGGGCUGUCAAAACCAGAGGAGAAAAAGUCUGACACCACCACCACCACCACCACUACUACCACUACUGGGUCUUCCGUUAGCUUCAGUCCUGUUGCCUCAGAAGAAAAGAGCGACAGCUCUGCAGCUCCUACAUUUGCCUUUGGGAAGCCAGAAGAAAAGAAGGAUGUUGCUGCUCCCUCUGCUCUGUCCUCAUUUGUCUUUGGUGCUACAAGUAAAGAUGCAGAUGCUCCAACAUCAGCUGCACCCACAAAUUCAGGAGGAUUUUCUUUUGGCAAACCAGUCGCUUCAUCUGAACAACCUCCUCCCAGCUUUACUUUUGGAAAGCCAGCAGACAAGAGUAAAACAUCAGCUGCUGAGAUCCCAAAACCCACAUUUACUUUUGGAACAAGUACUACAGAUUCUACUGCAUCCCAACCAAAACCUGCCUUUUCCUUCAUGGCUAGUAAUCCUGUCAACUCCAACACAUCAACAAGUGUAUUUGGCAGCAACAGCAGUGACAAUUCCACCCAGUCCGCAGCGCCCCCUGCUGCUCCCAGCACUUUCAUGUUCGGUCAGCCUGCUGGAGCCUCUGGAGAUGCUCCUCCAGCUAAAGCCUUCCUCUUUGGGCAGAACCAGGAGAGCCAACCCCCUGCUCCAUCAGCAGCUCCUCUCAACUCCACCCCUGCUCCUAGUCCAGCUCAGCCCUUUAUCUUUGGAGCUUCUGCAAGCACGAACCCACCUCCUCCUGCUGCUACUUCAACCUUUUUUGGAGCUGCAGCCCCUUCUGCUGCCCCAUCAGCACCAUCUGCAGCACCCUCUCCUUUUGGAUUCAACUCUGCCCCAACCAGUGGGUUUGGGUCCAACCAGGCUCCUUCUUUUGGUACAUCCUUUGGAUCCUCCUCUUUCUCAGCCACACCCCCUCAGGCCCCUGCCUUUGGGGCCAAACCUGAUGCACCUCCUGUCUUUGGACAGAAGGUCAAUUCCACACCUGUGUUUGGGACAGCUGCCAAUUCUGCACCAGGUGGGGGGUUCCAGUUUGGAGGGACUAGUGCAUUUGGAGCUACAAACAACACCUCAAGUGUUUUUACUUUUGGAGCUGCAGCUCCUGCUCCUGCUCCGGCUGCCAGCCCCUCCAUGGCACCACAGCCAGGAACACCUGGAAGUGGAUUUAACUUCUCACAGGCCCCAGCAUUCAAUAUCGGGUCUGCAAAAUCCUUCACUGCAUCUCCUGCUGGACAGCCUGGAAUUACAGCACGCAAGAUUAAGACAGCGGUGCGGCGCAGGAAGUAGCGCUCUGUGGGACUAGGCUUUAAAACAGACAUGACGUUGACCACUUAAGGCUAAAAGAAUUCCUGAAAAAAACACAACUUGACAAACACUGAAUAGACAUAAGAAGGGCUGAGACUUGGUGCCACUAUGUGCUCCCGCUGGGUGAAUGUGUAUGGUUCUUCCAGAGGAUUUCACAUGCAGACCAGAGCUGUUGAUAUGAUAUGCUGAUAUGCAAGACCAUCCCACAGGACUUCUCGCGUUUAAUAAAACUGACUGGACUGAUAGGUGACACUGACUUCAAAAAUAACAACAAUCCAGAAGGGGCGUUUCAACCCAACACACAAGCAAGACAGUCAUAUCUUCUUCACUUGGGUCUGCUUGACUAGGCAUGACAAUUUGUAAUUCAACUACGAAGGCAACGGCUGAAAAUCUAUAAAGAGUCACAGGAAAACAAAAUCCUGGUAUAGUUAGUCUGUGUGAUUAGGUUGUGAGCUGUGAGGUGCAGAGAGGUGAUGUAAGCGCUGUGGUCAACUUCCUGCAGCAGACUUGAACAUGAUCAGAGGACUGGCUGCUGCUGGAGGUGCAAGUUUGCUGUAUGUACAGGUAUGGAUUCUGUGUGGUGAAUGCCGUGUGCUUGUUGCCCCCGUAUCUCCCCUUUUCCUCCCCUCUUCUUAUGUAUAGACUUGUUGUGUGAGGUAACUUUACAUGCUGAGGUUUGCGUGUUGACGUGUGUAUGAAAACUGAAUGAUGGAGUUUUCGUCUGAGGUGGACAGGACCCGCCGCAGACGAGCGAAAGCAACUGAAUGUUUAAAGACAAACAACAAGGGAGUGUGGAACGAGGGCAGAGUUCAGGAGAGAGGAGCAAAAACUCAUCCAUGCACUGUGGAGGCUGGACUGGUCGGUCGCUGACACCCUUGUUCAACUCCUUAAGGUUUCUUUGUAAAUUUCAUUCAUUCAAAACUGUUGUUACAUCUUUGAGCUCUCUCUGGUUCGCUCACCUUCUCUGCUUUCCUGCCCUGGUUUCUCUCCUCCUCCCCAUCUCUUCUACUCCUUUCUCUCGAGUCCUACUCUCCCUUUACCUCUCUGCCUCCCCUCCUUUAUCUUAAUUGGCCUUUGAAUAUUAUUAAAAAAAACUGUAAAUAGUGAUAUUUUUUUUAAUCUGUGAAGUUGAAUUUUUUUGUGUCACCAACUCUGCAUUCAGCAUUUUUGUCUUUAGAAUUUAUGUAAAAUUCCUGCAUUCAAAGUUGCCCGAAUCCAUUUAAAGAAGAAACUUAAAUGCUAAUUGGAUAGCCUUUGAUGACUAAAGGUAUAUUGGCUUUUCUGAUCCACUUUUGUUUGGACCAAAACCAGUAUUGUACAAAGUAUUAGGUAUAUAUUUUUCUAUUGCGUGUUUAAAUGGACGAGGGUGACUUUGGAUGGAAGAGAAGUCAGUUUAAUUUUAAAGCCAUGAUUAUUUCUGAAUGAGUGAUUAUAAUUAAAACAUUGGUAAUUACCAUCAAUAAAACUAUUAAAAAAA